CCCCGCCCUGCGCGCUUGGGCUGGCUCUGAGGCUGCUGCGGGCGGGCGGGCGGGUGCGCGGAGGGCCGGUACCCCGCAGCAGGUGGGCGGGGUGCGGGCGGCGGCGGCGGCUGGGCCGGGGGCUGCCGGCUGCCCUCUGGCGGUGCGCGGCGGCCGUGCGGACGCGCCAUGGACUUCAACAUGAAGAAGCUGGCGUCGGACGCGGGCAUCUUUUUCACCCGGGCGGUGCAGUUCACGGAGGAGAAGUUUGGCCAGGCUGAGAAGACCGAGCUUGAUGCCCACUUUGAAAACCUUCUGGCCCGGGCAGACAGCACCAAGAACUGGACAGAGAAGAUCCUGAGGCAGACAGAAGUGCUGCUGCAGCCCAACCCUAGUGCCCGGGUGGAGGAGUUCCUGUAUGAGAAGCUGGACAGGAAGGUCCCCUCACGGGUCACCAACGGGGAGCUGCUGGCACAGUACAUGGCAGAGGCGGCCAGUGAGCUGGGGCCCACCACCCCCUAUGGGAAGACACUGCUCAAGGUGGCAGAAGCUGAAAAGCAGCUGGGAGCUGCGGAAAGGGAUUUUAUCCACACGGCCUCCGUCAGCUUCCUCACACCCCUGCGCAACUUCCUGGAGGGGGACUGGAAGACCAUCUCGAAGGAGAGGCGGCUCCUCCAAAACCGGCGUCUGGACUUGGAUGCCUGCAAAGCGAGGCUGAAGAAGGCCAAGGCCGCAGAAGCCAAAGCCACGUGUGAGGGAGAUACGGUGCCUGACUUUCAGGAGACUAGACCUCGUAAUUACAUUCUCUCGGCCAGCGCCUCCGCGCUCUGGAACGAUGAGGUGGACAAGGCUGAGCAGGAGCUCCGUGUGGCCCAGACAGAGUUUGACCGGCAAGCAGAAGUGACCCGUCUCUUGCUGGAGGGAAUCAGCAGCACUCAUGUGAACCACCUGCGCUGCCUCCACGAGUUUGUCAAGUCUCAGACAACCUACUAUGCACAGUGCUACCGCCACAUGCUGGACUUGCAGAAGCAGCUGGGCAGCUCCCAGGGCACCAUAUUUCCAGGCACCUUCGUGGGCACCACAGAGCCUGCCUCGCCACCCCUGAGCAGCACCUCACCCACCACUGCUGCAGCCACUAUGCCUGUGGUGCCCUCAGUGGCCAGCCUGGCCCCUCCAGGGGAGGCCUCGCUCUGCCUGGAAGAGGUGGCCCCCCCUGCCAGUGGGACCCGCAAAGCUCGGGUGCUCUAUGACUACGAGGCAGCCGACAGCAGUGAGCUGGCCCUGCUGGCUGAUGAGCUCAUCACUGUCUACAGCCUGCCUGGCAUGGACCCUGACUGGCUCAUUGGCGAGAGAGGCAACAAGAAGGGCAAGGUCCCUGUCACCUACUUGGAACUGCUCAGCUAGGCAGGUUCCCUCCCAGGCCCCCCUGCCUGCAUUCUGGCCUGGGCAGGAGAGGAUGGCGCGGCCCUGCCACUUACCUUGUUCUUUGGUGGCACAGCUGCUCAGGGUGGGGAGAAUUCACCCCAUUCUGUCCCUGCCCCUGGUCACCUAGCUGUGAGGGUGCCUGAGGCUGAAUGGCUUCCGCCCCUCCCCUAGUCUUGCUUCUGACCUGUGGCUCUGGAGCCCCCGCCCCUGCCUGCAUCCCCCAGUGCCUCACCCUCCCGGCUGCACUCAGCACCUAGGCCAGGGUGGGGCCGCCGCAGGAAGCCCCGGGUGCACUCAGCGAGAGCCCUGCCUUGCACUUGCCAAAAGCUGCAGCAGGGGAAUGCGGCAAGGCACACAGGGCUCUGGCAGCCCCUGGGGACUGGGCACUGCCCCUGGGAGGGGAGAGCCUGGCCAGGGCUGGGGUUGGGCCCGGAGCAGCAUCUUCCGGUGCUAUCCUCCCCUCCCACCCCUCACAGCUCAAGCCAAGUCUGGCGGCCGCAGCCUCCACCUCUCUACACUCACUUUUUAUCUGGUGUUUUUACUUCUGCCUGUGUUUGCUUUCUAGUCAAUAAAGCCUCCUCGUGUGCGAGUUAA